GGAAACGGGCUGUCCCCUCAGCGACCCCGGCCGGGGAUGCCUGCGAGGCAAGGGAAGGACAGUGAAAGCCAUGUCAGCAGCAGCAGCACCAGCACCAGCAGUUCAGUUGCUUGCUUCGGACAGUAUCAAUUUACAGCAAAUGAAUAUCAAGCCAUCCAGCAUGCUCUUCGUCAGAAACUGGGUCCAGAAUAUAUCAGCAGUCGGCAAGCUGGAGGAGGACAAAAGGUCUGUUACAUUGAGGGUCACAAGGUAAUCAGCCUGGCCAAUGAGAUGUUUGGCUUCAAUGGCUGGGCUCAUUCAGUCACUCAGCAGAAUGUUGACUUUGUUGAUCUCAACAACGGCAGGUUCUAUGUGGGGGUCUGUGCAUUCGUGAGAGUCCAGCUUAAGGAUGGCUCAUACCAUGAAGAUGUGGGCUAUGGAGUCAGUGAAGGCUUGAAGUCCAAGGCCUUGUCCUUAGAAAAGGCAAGAAAGGAGGCAGUAACAGAUGGACUGAAGAGGGCACUCAAGUGCUUUGGGAAUGCUCUUGGGAACUGCAUCCUAGACAAAGACUACCUACAAGCAGUUAAUAAGCUUCCACGUCAGAUGCCCCCCGAGUUAGAUCUGGUGAAAACUAAAAGACAGGACUAUGAGCCCGAAAUAGAAAAAGCAAGGUAUGAUGGCUGCUUGGAAAGGCAGAACCCAGGAUGGAGACAACAGUAUGAAAUGGCACCAACUUGUAAGCCCAGUCACACAGAGGCUUCUGGAGUGGCAGAAGAUCAGAAGCAGCCAAGCGGUUCUGGAAAUACAGAUUCCCCAGCUGCUGAGUGUGAUGCCACGUACCAGCGGAAACUGCGACAAAAGCAGCUACAGCAACAGUUCUGGAAACAGAUGGAGAAGAGACAUCAAGUCACAGAAGUUACUCCCAGCAGCAAACAGGCAACAGCCAAUCCUCCCGUAAAACACAGCAGUCCAGCAGCAGUACAACAGGAACUGGCAAUCGAAGAAGAGUUCUUUGCAGAUGAUCUUGAACUCUGGGACAUUUCCUUGGAGACCACUGACCUUAACAAGUUGAUGUGUCACAAAGCAGCAGGCCCACCGGCAGCACACCAGCCCCCCGAGACGCCCCGCGGAUGUCACCAGAUGACAACUCGUAACAGGACGCCUCAGAGAAUGCAUUCUUACAAACCUUCUGUGAGGUUUGCACAAUUGCAGCCAUCUGCUGCUCUCACGGGCAACAGCCACGGUGCCAACCAACACACACCAGCAGAGCACAGCCCUCACAGGAGAAGCCAAAGCUGGAAGAAGCGGAGGCUAGAACCUACGUAGGACACCUGGUGGCAUCAUUACCUACAUGCUGGAUUACAUCAUAAGACUGCAGUUGGCUGCUCAAAGUAUGUGAGGAAGCUUCAUCUAUUAAUAGAUUGUCCUGAAGCAACACAGAAUAGCCAGAGAGACACAGCCAGCAAGAACUUCAUGUGCUUUGGGUUUAUUGCAUAGCCCAGAUUUUUUUUUCUAUAAACACAUAAUCAUUUGUGCUCCUGCGCAACUCGUGGCUGUUUUACAAAUAAUUUGCCUGAAAAUUGUAGCAUAAGUAAACCUUCAAAUGAGAUGCCAUAGCUUCUUUCCUGCUCAGCAUUGCAUUUUGGCAUACAGAAAAGUUUUUUCCAAUAAAAUGAGGACAGGGUGGGCUAUGGUCCCAGGAAACCACACGGACUGCUUCCCAUUCCCUCGGGCCGUUUGCAGAUGUGGCAGCCUCUGCAUUUCACAUGCAGCCCAGCUGCCUGCCCAGAGGCUGCACAAGCAGGGUCAGAGCAUUGCCCUGACAACUCUGCCUCAGCUCACCCCUCAAGCACACAGCAUUCCCAGGACGUGCCCUGUGCCCAUGCAACACAGGAGCAGGAACACGUGGGGGCUGCUGCUCAGGAGUACAUACAGCAUCUAAGUGCUUGUUUGGACCUUUUGUGAAAUGAAUGAGAGCUGCAAUUUUAUACUUUUAAAUAAGCUUUUACUCCUUUUUAACACAAGAAUAAACACUAAAUUUGGACAGACAAA